AUGCCUAAGAUAUGGGCUUUUAUUACGGAUUUCUUCACCUACGAGACGACCAAGUCGGUGGUGGUGAAGAGCAGGUCUGUUGGAAUCAUCAACCGCGUCGUACAACUACUCAUCAUCAUCUACUUCCUAUGUUGGGUCUUUUAUCACGAAAAGGCGUACCAGGUGAGAGACUCGGGCAUCGAGUCUUCAGUCAUGACCAAGGUGAAGGGCUUCGGUUACCAUAACAACCGUGUGAUGGAUGUGGCGGACUAUGUCGCCCCUACACAGGGUGCAGCAGUGUUCUGCAUCAUCACCAAGCUCAUCAUCACAGAGAACCAGUUCCAAGGAUUCUGCCCGGAGAGUGAAAGCAAGUACAAGUGUGACACAGAUGAAGAGUGCGACAAGUAUUUGGGGAGCUCCACUGGAAACGGAAUAAUAACUGGUGCCUGUGUGAACUCCUCUAAAGGACGACGCUGUGAGAUGGAGGGUUGGUGCCUUGCAGAGGACGACAAAGUCCACAUGCAACCAAUGAUGGAAGUGGAAAACUUCACCAUCUUCAUCAAGAACAGUAUCCGCUUCCCUAUGUUCAACGUUACCAGAGGGAACUUCCCAUCAUCCCUGAAUGCGACUUAUAUCAGGAGCUGUACGUAUGACCCAGAGCACAACCUCCACUGUCCCAUCUUCAAGGUGGGAGAAGUGCUGCGCUACACAGGACAGAACUUCUCCACCAUCGCUCAGACAGGUGGAGAGAUUGCGAUCAACAUUGAAUGGAAGUGUAAUCUGGAUGAGUCAGAAGAGAGAUGUGAACCACACUACUCCUUUACGCGGCUUGAUGCUGUGUUUCAGAAGAAUGGCAUCGCUAAGGGAUACAACUUCAGAUUUGCCAAAUAUUACAAAAAUGAGAAUGGGACGGAGUUCCGCACUCUCCACAAAGCCUACGCCAUCCGAUUUGACAUCCUGGUCACUGGCCUCGCAGGGAAGUUCAACACAGUUCCUACUCUGAUCAACGUAGUGGCAGCCUUUACCUCCGUGGGAUUGGGUACGGUCCUCUGUGACAUCAUUCUUCUGAACUUCCUGAAGGGGGCAGACCAAUACAAAGCCAAGAAAUUUGAGGAGGUCUCUGAGUCACAGAUACAGAUAUUACUCUCUCGAGAAGGUUGCAGCCAGCUGUCAAUCCAACCAGAGGAGAAGAUUUCAGACGACUCGGGAACGGUCUCCCUCUGCCUGGACCAGCAGCUUUGA